GGAAGGGGUUGUUGGACACCUGGCCAGGGUUGUGCACACCUGGAAGGGGUUGUUGGACACUUGGCAGGGUACUUGCAAGGCCUGUGGAGGGGGCAGAGGUGAGCAUUGCACACCUGGCCAGAGGUUGCAUACCCAAGGGAGUGUGUAGAGCUGGGAGGUGGGGUCACACAGCUGGCAGGGGCUGUCGCACACCAGCAAGAGGGACACACUCCGGGGGGGUUAUUGCACACCUGGCAGGGGCUGCUGCACGCGUGGUGAGGGUUAUAGCACGGCUGGAGCAGGACCUGCAGAGCCGGAAGGUUGUUGCAAAGCUGGAAGGUAGGUGGCACACCUGGCAAGAGUUGUUGCACACCUGGUGCGGGCUGUUGCACGGCUGGAGCGGGACUUGCACACCCGGCAGGGACAUGGCAGAGGCGGGAUGUGGGUCACACCCCUGGCAAGGGCUGUCGCACACCCAGCCAAAGGGUUGCACGCCUGACGGCGGCUGCCGCACACCUGGCGGGGGCAUGGCCAAGCUGGCAGGUGGUUUCAUACCCGCUGGAAGCCGCUCCACUCUAGGAGGAGGCUGCCGCACCCGCGGGACAGAAGAGCCGCGGCCGGGGCGGGCUCGGUGCGGGGGGCGGUGCCGGUCCCUCCCUGCGUCCCUCCUCCCUCGCUGCUCCUGCCCGCCCCGUGCCGACGCCAUGGCGGGCCCGGGCGGUGCCGGCGGUGCCGAGGACGCCGGGGAUGUGCUGAGCGGCGGCAGCGAGCGGCGGUGCCGGGCGCGGCUGGCGGCGGGGGGCGCGGCGGCGGCGGCGGCCGCGGUGCUGGUGCCGCUGUGCUCGGUGCGCGGCCGCCCCGCGCUGCUCUUCACGCUCCGCUCCCGCCGCCUCGCCGGCCCCCACAGCGGCGAUGUCAGCUUCCCCGGUGGGCGGCGGGACCCGGCGGACGGGGACGCGGUGGCCACGGCUCUGCGGGAGACGCGGGAGGAGCUGGGGGUGGCGGUGGCAGCCACCAGCGUCUGGGGACAGCUGCGAACGCUGCCCGACCGGCACGGAAUGACCGUGGCGCCCGUUGUGGCCAACCUGGGGCCGCUGGAGGCCUUGACGCUGACCCCCAACCCUGACGAGGUGGAGGAGGUGUUUACCCUGCCCCUGGCUCACCUGCUCUGCGAGGAGAACCAGGGCUACACCCACUUCCGCACAGCCAGCGGCUACGGAUAUACCUUGCCCGUGUUCCUCAACGGCCCCCACAAAGUGUGGGGGCUCACGGCCAUCGUCACUGAGCUGACCCUGGAGCUGCUGGUGCCCGGCCACUACCGCAGGAAAACCCAUGUGCCGCCCCGGAAAGCCCCAGCCUGAGUGGGCAGGGGGCAGGGGGCGGCUGUGGGGUCCCCGUGCCUUGGUUCUCCACCCAUGCACGGGGAAAACGGCUCCGAGCCCAGCGGUGAUGUCGCACACUGUGAUUCAGUAAAAGCCAUGUUUGGAACUGC